CCAUCAAAAAAACUCAAAGCCAACUCCCUAGUCCCUCCCACAAAAGACUGCUUUUUGUGCUCUCUCAGCUAUGAGAGUCCCCGCCACUACUCCCCCCCAAGACACCCGUUCCGCAACUCCUAAACCCGUUUCUGGCGGCGGCAACAACGCCAACAACUUAGCCCGAAACAUCAAUUUCCAUGAGCCAACCUCAGUUCUCGAUCUUCGCCGGAGUCCAAGUCCCGUGCCCGCAGCCGAUGUUUCUGUUGCCUCCGAAGUUGUUAACGUUCCACAUCAGGCUGUUGAGUGGGACGAGCGUGCCGAGCAUGCCCUGCGUAACGUGGAUUGGGAUUCCAUUAUGAGGGACUUGGGUUGGGAUGACGAUUCCGCUAUUGCCAUCAAAAGUUCCAUUUCUCCAGCGUCCGGGGAUAACCAUAUCCAGAGCCUUUCCGAGCUCGGACACUGCGAGUUGACCCACUCUUUUCAUCAGGAUUAUAAUCUUUACGAUUUGUAUAAUUCGGUUCAAAAUCAAAACCCAGCCCUGAAUUUCAAUUAUGUUGAUAAUCUUCAUAAUCUUGGCAACUUCAACGUGGGGUUUGAUUUUAUAGAGGAGCUAAUCAGGGCGGCGGACUGUUUCGACUCGAACCAGUUGCAACUCGCGCAGUUGAUAUUGGCCCGACUCAACCAACGUCUGAGAUCUCCCGUCGGCAAGCCGCUGCAACGAGCGGCGUUCUAUUUCAAGGAAGCGCUCCAGUCCCUACUCACUGGGUCAACUCGAGCGAGUCGGCUCACUUGGGACGGAAUCGUUCAGACGAUCAGAGCAUAUAGGUCAUACUUUGGAAUUUCGCCCAUCCCGAUGUUCACCCACUUCACCACCAAUCAGGCCAUCCUCGACGCGCUUGAAGGAUCUCAGCCGUUGAUUCACAUCAUAGAUUUUGACAUCGGACUCGGCAUGCAGUACGCUUCUCUAAUGAGAGAUAUUGCAGAGAAAUCAGAUUACAAAUUCAGUCCGCCGGUUCUCCGGAUCUCGGCGGUGGUUCCAGAGGAGUUCGUAAUCGAAACAAGAUUGAUAAAGGAGAACCUUACUCAAUUUGCUCAUGAGCUCAAAAUCAGAUUCCAGAUCGAAUUCGUGCCUCUUCCCACUUUCGAGAUGUUAUUAAUUAAGGCAUUCAAGUUUACGGAGGGGGAGAAAUUGGUAAUUCUGCUGUCUCCGGCAAUCUUCCGGUGUAUGAAUCUGAAUGUCUUCGCGUUGUUGAGUGAUCUGCGGCGGGUUUCCCCUAGCGUCGUGGUGUUCGUGGAUACCGAAGUGUGGAUGGAGUCUGGGACGACGUCGUUCAGGAGGAAUUUCGUCAACGGACUCGAAUUUUACGCGAUGAUGUUGGAAUCGCUGGACGCAGCGGCUGCGGGAGGGGAUUGGGCGAAGAAGAUAGAGAUGUUUUUGAUGCGACCAAGGAUAUUGGCGGCGGUGGAGACGGCUGGGAGGCGGGCAGUGCUGCCGUGGAGGGAGAUUUUUUGUGGGGCGGGAAUGAGGCCGGUUCAGUUGAGUCAGUUUGCGGAUUUUCAAGCGGAGUGUUUGUUGGGAAAGGUGCAGGUGAGGGGGUUCCACGUGGGGAAACGGCAGGCUGAGUUGGUGCUUUGCUGGCACGAGAGGGUCCUGGUUGCCACCUCAGCUUGGAGGUGUUAGUGUGGGGUUUAGGUUAGAUAGCUAAUUCCUAGUUGGGAUGUAAAUGUACGCAUCCCCAGUCACUACCGAUUUGUAUUUCUGUUUUUGCAUCUUUUUGUUCUUGUUGUGGCUAUGUGGAAAAGAGAUGGGUAGGUCUCCUCUUAUCCUGGAGUAGCGGUAGAUUCUGCUGGUCUCCAAACUAACAUGUGAUAUUAGUAACUGAAUAUUUGAGGGUAACCUCUAAUAAUAUGAAAUCAAACUU